AUGGGGGAUGAAAGAGGUGACAACUUUGAAGGAAUGAGCAUUGAAGCACUGAAGUCAGAGUUGCUGGAAGAACUCCAUAUGAAAGACUUAAUACAACUCUCAAUAACUGAACUAAGAUGUAAAAUAAUGGAACUGAAAGCCAAACUCACUAUUGCUAAUAUAGGCAAUGAAUGGAAAACCCGUUAUGAGAUACAACUUGAAGUGAAUGAUAAACUAAAAAAGCAAAUAGUUACUCUCAAAGAGAAAUGGGAAAAACUACAUGCCGAUUCUUCAGAUAGACUAUGUUCUAUUUGUGUCUAUGAGAAAAUGCCAGCAAAAUCCUCAGUUGCAUUACUUGAAAAGCUAGAAAGAGAAAGAAGGCAUCUUGAACAUCAAGUGAAAUGCUAUUUACUUAAACUGGAAGAAGAAUCAAAGGCUUACCAAAAGAUCAAGGAUGAACGCCAAAUAUACUUAGCUAAAUUAUCUCAGGUCUCUCACUCAAACAAAAUUUCUAGAAGGCAACAGAUGAAUGAACCCCACAGAAUGAAAGAGAAUCCAAUGAAAAUAGAGAGAUACAAUACAGCUGAUGAGAAUAUAGUAAAUGCGAAAACAGAACCAAUGAAAAAAAGUGCAAGAUCAAACCAUGUUCUAAGACUCAACCCAUGA